AUGGGCAAUCGGCCUCUCCCAUCGAAGGGAUCCGCAUCUUCAAGGAGCGAGGACGACUUUGAGCGAGAAUCAAAGGCAGAAGCAGCCGCAUACUUACUCGAGAACAGGACAAAAGGGGGUACAAGAGGACGCAAACCCGGGAGGGAGAGGAUAUCUGGGGCCAAGGACUCAGCUGCCCAUCAUAUGAAACCCGCCGGAAAUGAACGGAUUGUGCUGGACUACGAUGGUCAGGUGCAGCUGGGAUUCAACCCCCUUUUCCGCCUUGCGGGGCUAGACAGUGAUGGAGAUGACAUAGAAGCUGCUGGCGGGCAUAGCCAGAGUCAUGGCGCGGACGAAAGGGGCCCCAUUGUGACUAGAGAAGAGGAAGAAGAGAAAUACAGCGAUGAAGAAUUCGGCCCACCCGAACCCCGCCUCGCAACCCCACACACUGCUGCUGGCGGCGAAGGAGAAGAUGAAGAGGUUUAUUCCGACGAAGAUAUAUCCCUUGCCACGGUGAAUUAUCCUUCGAACAGCUCGGUACCUUUCAUCCAGCCCAAACUACCAAAUACGUUUUUGGACUUCGACUCUCUCGACGGAAUCCCUCCAGUUAAACCCGCUUUCAAUGUACCACCCUCAUUGCUUCCGGCCGCCCCUUAUAUUCUCAACAAACACACCAAAGACAUCUACGUUCCCGCUCACCUGAACCAGUUCUUGAAGCAAUACCAGAGGGAAGGGGUGCAGUUCUUAUUUGAUCGGUAUCAGGCUGGUUGGGGAGGAGUUUUGGGAGAUGACAUGGGACUGGGGAAGACCGUCCAGGUGAUCGCAUUCCUCUCCGCCAUAAUGCGAAAGAGUGCCUCAGCUGCUCAAGACUACGGAAGACGGAAGCGCACGUUACGUCAAAGUGGAACGGGGACCAUCAGCCCACAGCGCUGGCCAACAGCUUUGAUCGUCUGUCCAAAAUCUCUAAUAGGCAAUUGGUCUCGUGAGCUGGACACUUGGGGCUACUUUGAAUACGAAAUUCUGGGUCCCGACAACUCGGAAAAGACUCGUACUGCUUUGGCCAAAGGCUAUCUCGACAUCCUACUCAUGUCGUAUGAUACUAUGCGAGGCCAUAUCAAUGAUGUCAAGGAUCUCCCCUUCACCGUUCUCAUAGCCGACGAAGCUCACCGCCUCAAGGAGCCACGCAGCAUGACAACAGUGUCCAUAAAAAAGAUCCAGACCCGAAUAUGCUUUGCUUUAACCGGAACAUUAGUGCAAAAUAGGAUCGAUGAGAUGUGGUCUGUCCUUGACUUUGCUCAUAGAGGCUGGGCCGGCACCUCCCAAGAAUGGAUAGACUUUGUGGUAGAUCCUAUCAAGACUGGGCACCAGUCAGAAGGCACGGCGCAGCAGGUGGUUGAAGCUAUCCGUCGGCUAGGUAUCAUGACCACCAAGGUUUUACCUCAUUUCUAUCUGCGCCGAGAUAAGACACUCUUGUCUGAUAUCCUACCCAGAAAGACAGACCUUGUUGUGUUUUGUCCCUUGACCGGUAAGCAACAAAAAGCCUACACAAACAUCUUAGCCUGUGAUGAGAUCGCCAGGCUCAAGCAGCUCAACGCCCCCUGUCCUUGUGGUUCCAGGAAACGUUCUGCGCGAUGUUGCCAGUUGGCUGAGGAACAGGAUCCCGCUGAAGUGCUAUUCAAAUUCAUGACUGCCCUGUCCAAAGUUGCUAAUCAUUUUGGUCUUCUGUAUCCAGCAAGAGACGACCUCGUGACAAGAGAAACGAACAUCUUCUUUUACAAAAUUUGUACUGGAUCCGACACUGUCUCAAAAGAGCUUUCCAGUAUGCAAGCUGCCCUUGACACCGACAAUUGUGGCAAAUGGAAAGUAGGUCAACAUGACGGCAAUGCGUUUACUCAUUUGCCGAUUGCUUUGCAGGUGCUAGAAAGGCUUUUGACACAAUGGAGAGCUGAGCCUUGCAAAAACAAAAUCCUCCUUUUCUCAAGCUCGGUUCGUCUCCUCAAAAUGCUGGCCAAGCUUUUGCGAAGCUCCUCUCUACUCUCCAGCUUCCCUGUAGAUAUGCUUACAGGAGAAGUGGAUAUCGAGGAACGUAUGAGAAUGGUUGACCGUUUCCAGGAUCAAAGGCAAGACCACUUUGUUCUCCUGAUCAGCACCAAAGCAGGAAGUGUUGGACUAAACCUCACUGCGGCGAACAAAGUGGUCAUCUUUGACCCAAGCUGGAAUCCUGCGGAUGACCUUCAGGCAAUGGAUCGAGCUUUCCGAAUCGGACAAGAACGACCUGUGGAUGUCUGCAGGCUCAUUGCCCUCGGGACUAUCGAAGAGGCAAAAUACGAGCGCCAAAUCCACAAACAGCAGAAUGCAAAGCAAUUCAAUGAUGGCACUUUCGAGCCCCGCCAUUUUCAAGGUUAUGAUGGUGCUUCCACUCUAGAUGCACAGGGAGACCUGUAUGGUGCCCAUAAUCUGUUCAGAUAUGAACCGAAUGGGUUCGUUGCUCAAAAUCUGAAGGAUGGGAUCUGUGAUGCCGGAGACGCAUUUUUGGAGGAGGAUCAUGAAGACGACCAAGAGGGCGAGGACGAUACUCACGAGGGCAGUGACCGAGUGAAGCAGGGUGGCUCGCAGCAGAAAAAAGAAGGACGCUCAGCAGAUGAGCACGCAAAGGCUUUGAUGGAAGAUGUCCUGGGGCUCUCGGACAAUCCUGUAGCUACCGGUAAAGUAGCUAAGGACAUACUGGCCGAACUAGGACUCACUAGCAUUGUGCAUGACAAAGCCUUCCAGGAUUCUCCUGAAGAGCGACAUAUCUAUGAAUUGGGUGUCAAUCUCCUCCGCGACAAUCCAGAGUUGGCUAAGACUAUGAAAGCAAACGAACUUGCCCCAAAGAGAAAGAAGCGUCCACGGGAGAUUGCCGGUGGUAAUUCGCACAAAGUCAAGAAUGGUGGAAGGCAAAAGUUGAGUGAGAAGGCAUGGAAGCGACCGCGAGGGUCGAAUCAAACAAGGAUUGAGCUGAGUGACGAGGAGUGACUGUAACCAUGUGAUAGCUGUACAUCUCCAUCA